AUGACGGCCAAUUCCGACGCCACGGGCUCCGAGUUGGUCCCGGCAUCGGCGACUAGGCAUAACGCAAUUCUGCGUUGGAAGCGAGUGACAAACCCGUGCGGCCCCCAACCUCGACCAAGGCAUGGCCAUCGCGCGGUAAACAUCAAGGAGCUGAUGGUAGUCUUUGGUGGCGGCAACGAAGGAAUCGUCGAUGAACUGCAUGUCUACAACACUGCUACCAACCAAUGGUACGUGCCGGCGACAAAGGGCGAUGUGCCGCCGGGAUGCGCAGCAUACGGCUUCGUAGUCGACGGAACCCGGAUUCUGGUGUUUGGCGGCAUGGUGGAGUACGGAAAGUAUUCGAACGAGCUGUACGAGCUGCAGGCCACGAAGUGGGAGUGGAAGAAACUGCGACCGAAGCCACCAGAGUCCGGUCCACCACCCUGUCGGCGCCUCGGGCACAGCUUCACGCUAGUCGGCGACAAGAUCUACCUGUUCGGUGGACUCGCCAACGAGAGCGAUGACCCGAAGAACAACAUACCGAAGUAUCUGAACGAUCUGUACAUUUUGGAGAUUAAAAACAACCUCCUGCAGUGGGAAAUACCGACGACCUUUGGCGAGAGUCCGCCACCGCGCGAAUCGCACACCGCAGUCUCGUGGUACGACAAAAAGAACAAGAAGUACUGGUUGGUAAUCUACGGCGGCAUGUCCGGCUGUCGGUUGGGCGAUCUCUGGCUGCUCGACACGGACACCAUGUCGUGGACCCGACCGCGGACGCUCGGUCUGUUGCCGUUGCCCCGCUCCCUGCACAGCUCCACGCUCAUUGGCAACCGAAUGUACGUGUUUGGUGGCUGGGUACCGCUGGUAAACGAUGACGUCAAACAGGAGAAGCACGAAAAAGAGUGGAAAUGUACGAACACGCUUGCGUGUUUGAAUCUCGAAACGAUGACCUGGGAGGAGCUGGAUCUGGACAUGGACGAGGACAACAUGCCACGGGCUCGGGCCGGCCACUGUGCCGUCGGUAUCCACACCCGACUCUACAUAUGGUCGGGGCGCGACGGUUACAGAAAGGCCUGGAACAACCAGGUUAGGGUAUGCUGCAAGGACCUCUGGUACCUCGAGGUAGAGCGUCCGGCAGCAGCAUCCCGCGUUCAGCUGGUACGUGCCGCGACGCACUCGCUCGAAGUUUGCUGGCCACAAGUGCCGUCCGCUUCGCACUACAUCCUGGAGGUCCAGAAGAUUCCGCAAGCUCCACCGCCACCACCAUCUCCCGCUCCGGUCACACAGCCGACCAGUGCGCCGGUUGCGGGCGCCAUCGGUUCACCAGCGGCAGCCGUCGGGUCGCCAGCUUCCAGCGCGGGGUCGAUGUCUCCAGCGCAGGUUGUUGGCAACAAUCUCGCGGGCACACCUAGCGAAGUUCUACCAACUAUACUAAAGCAGCUACCAGGCCGCGUUGCUGGUAUGACCGUCCAAUCGCCUACCAUUUUGUCACCGACGGCAGCUCAGCAACCGCAGCUAGCGUCUGGCGUUCAAUUGACGGCGAGCGGAGGCCUUGGCGGAACGGUUACCACUUCACCGGUGCACGCCCUGUCAUCGCCGGUUCAGCGGAUCGUUACUAAGGUGCAGCCAGCGAAGCAGCUGACUCCCCAGAAAGUGCUGACGACCGGGGGUUCACCACAGGUGUUGCAGCAGCAACCGGUGCAGAUCGUAGCACAGGUUUCGUCCCAGAACCAAACGCUGCAAGCGGCAGUGGCGCAGGCGACGAUGGCCGCUGGUGGGCAACCGCAAACCAUUCGCGUAGUAGCUACGGGCGCUGGCGGUGCCGCCACCGCCAUCUCAGCCGCCCAACAGUUCGCGUCCGGAACGGCCGGUACUCCGAUUCGUGUGCUCUCCUCGACCGGUCAACAGCUGCGGAUCGGCACGGGAACGGCGACUAUGCAGACGGCAGCGGGCACGACCACGACCGCCGUCCUGCGGGCCGCCGGACAAAAUAUCGUAUCCGGGGCGCAGCUACAGACGGUUCAGCAGCGCAUCGUGAGUGGGUCACCCGCGGGCAACACAACCACCACGGCCACCAUCGGAGGCAAGCAAAUCAUCCUCCAGAAACCGAUGACCAUCGUGAGUGGCACGGCCGGAGUCGGUGGCUCGGGGACCAUCACCAGCGCGACCGGUGGCAACGCGGGCGGUCAGAUUCUGACGCUCGUAAAGACCAGUCAGGGUAUGACGAUGCAAACCAUGCCCAAGAUGAGCGUGGUACAGAAGACGGCGGGCUCGCCGGGAACAAUCAUACAGCAGGCGCAACACCACCAACAGCAGCAGCAGCAACAGAUCAUAACUUCUAAUCUGGGCACUGCCAGCGGGUCGGUGCCGAAAGCGACCGUCAUUGGGGGCAACGUGGUGAAGCUGAUGUCUGCCGGAGGGGCAGCCACCCUCGGUGGCAAGCAGAUUCUCAUGAAAAAUUCCAACAUUGUCCAGGUGGGUAAGGUGGGCACGAACGCGACCGGCAAACCGACGCUCGUGCUCACCAACAAGGGCGGGCAGCCGAUUCGGGCCCAGCAACAGGUGAUCGUUGUCACCACGCCGCAAGGCAUUCGCACCGUCAGCGGAACCGUCACCUCGUCGGCCGCGAGCAACUUUGUGACGCUGUCGUCCUCGCAGGUCAUCAACACGAUCAGCACUACGCGAGCGGCGGGCAUCGGCGGAGCGACGAUGCUGCAGGCGGCCGGAACUACCUCCGUGAUGGGUGCAGCCGGAGCUGGCGGGGCGACCGUUCAGACGGUGCAGGGAACUACCGCCGCCAGCCUUGGCGGCCAAGCGAUCAAGCUGCGCGCGGUACAGGGUGGCAAACCGAUCACAUUCACGAUGCCGGUCGGCGGAUUGCAGGCUGCGGGUCAGAAGAUCACUGGGACACAAAUCAUCAACAUGCCCCAGAAGCUGGUGAGUGGCAAGGCCGUAACCGUACAGCUGACACCAUCGGCCGGAGGGCAGAAGACGGUCACGAUAGUGCCGUCGGGUGCGGGAGGCGCUCACGGUGCCACGACCACCGUCACGGGGCAGGGCGGGCAGCAAAAGAUUCUGAUGCUACCCUCGAAGACGACCACACGCAUCGUGACCCAGCAGCAGUAUCAGCAGAUUCAGCUGCAGCAACAGCUGCAAGCCCAACAGCAGCAACAGCAACAGCAGCAGCAACAGCAGCAACAGCAGCAACAGCAACAGCAGCAACAGCAACAAGUUUCAACGGAUGCAGCGUUCGCAGCGUUAGCCGCCGAAGCCGGCCUUAUGGACGCAGAAGGUGAGGGAAUGGAGCAGAUGGACGGAUGCUUCGACUUGGAGGCCUUCGCAGUAGACGAAUGUGAAGAAGAUGAGCAGCAGCAAGCCUUCGACGGCAAUCGGGUGGUGGAGGGUGCCAUCAUGCCGGCACUGGAAGUGACGGGGGACGAGGCAAUCGAAGAGCGUCCAGUAAUGCCCAUUUUCGAGCAGCUUGAUGGCUGCGACGAUGCGGCGAUGGCGAUCACGCCCCGGUACGUUAAACUGGGGCUGUUCGGUGGAGCAAUAACCAUCGGAACGUCGGCGGUCAACAACGGAAACACGGCCGAUGCUGGUGGUGGUAGCGAAGCGUCCAAUAGCAACGCCAUCUCCCACGAGGAUCAUGCGUUGAUGGGCGAUGGAUCGGAGCAGGAUCUCUCGCACGAGAACCUUGUCGACGGUGAAGCCCCGGACGAGCUGAUGGACUCGGAGGAGGGCCCGGGCGACGCCGAAGGAAUGGUGCUGCUGGGUUCGGGUGAUAACGAAGAGGGACACGAUGAGAUGGACCCGACCGGCGGCGAAAGUGUCGAUGCGCUCGACACCGGCGCUGGGUCGUCCGCGUACGAGACGGACAGUGGCGGGGUGAUGGUGAAACAGGAAAAUGCUCUCGGUGAGAGUGCCCAGCAUGAGUCGGAGCUUUUCUUUGGAAAGCACGACACCGGUGAUGGUAGUUCCGAUGCAGGCGAAAAGUCACAUCUCGGAAAUGAGCUCCUGGCUGCCCAAUCGUCGACAAGGGUCGCUCCGACGGCGUCGGAAGCAGAGGCAGCCAACAUUCUCACGACGAUAAAGGGUGGCGACAUUGUUGCGCUUCACAACGCCGACCUACUGGCUGGCGCUGGUGGUGUUGCGGGUGGCAGCAGCGAUAACAUUAUUCAACUAAGCGCCGGAUCGACCAGCGCUCUGUUGCAAACGCAGCACGAAAACGGUCAAACGAUAAUGUUUAAAGCGCCGGGACCGGACACCGGGAGUGAAGGAACGACGCUGACACUCAGCGAUGGUUCCACGUACGUUACGCGACUGCAAACGUCAUCCGAUCUGCCGGUGAAGGUGGAAGACGGCGCGGCCACCGGUCAUCUGGAUGCACUGGCGGAAGCGGCCGCCUCGGCUACCUCCGCUCUGCCCACGGAGCUGAUGAACACGGGCGCGUCCGGUGUCGGUGCGCUGAUGGGAGAUCUGCUCUCGUCCUCGACGAUAACGCCGCUCAAGCAGUACACGAUGAGUGGCCCAUUGCUGGCGUCAUCGUCUGCUGCUCCCCCGUCAGCGGCGGCCAGCAUUGCUACCAUCAAUAAUGGCACGAUGAACAAGGGUGCACAGUUCUCAACUAGUGUUGCUGGCAAGACGCCGAAAGGAGCAACAACAUCUUCCAAGACCAAGGACGACAAAGACGAUAGACCAACUAAGGCGAAGGAAGAUGCGGGCGAAGCCUGGCACACGGUGGCUAUACUGAAAACCUGGAAUCACAUCGUCUCGAACUACAUCGAUCUGGCCGAGUGGGACAACGCGAUCGAUGGCGCCACAGUCACCGCGGACAACAUACCCAACCUGGCGGACCGCAGGCGAAUAUCGCUCGAGCCCGGCUGUGCCUACAAGUUCCGCGUCGCGGCCAUCAACAGCUGCGGGCGGGGCGAGUGGAGCGACGUGACGCCCUUCAAGACCUGUCUGCCGGGCUUCCCGGGAGCGCCGUCGGCGAUCAAAAUUUCGAAAUCGCCCGAAGGCGCGCACCUAUCCUGGGAACCGCCACCGUCCACUACCGGUGACAUUCUCGAGUACUCGGUGUAUCUGGCGGUCAAGUCGCAGAACGCGCCGAAAGACAAAGCGACCACCUCCGCCGCGCAACUCGCCUUCGUCCGGGUGUACUGUGGAUCCACCAACCAGUGCACGGUCACGAACCACUCCCUGCAGACGGCGCACGUCGAUUUCACUUCCAAGCCGGCCAUUAUCUUCCGCAUAGCGGCCCGGAACGACAAGGGUUACGGGCCUGCCACCCAGGUCAGGUGGCUUCAGGACCCACAAUCGUCCAAAUCGGCAGCGUCGGCCGGAGGUACACCCGGGGGGUCGCCUGGCGCAGCCGGCAAGCGGUUGAACGAGAAGUCAGCGACUGGCGGAACGACCAACAAGCGGGCGAAACCUAAUUCGUCCUCCGGGGCGGGCGGCAAUUCUUCGUCCUCUUCGAUGAUGGUGUCGCCUUAAUCGGGCCAACUGGGCCACCGUCGAUUCAAUAUGUCGCAAGCCGACGACGACAAGGGGAGCCGACGUUCUUAUUGUUCGGGGACGACCUAAAGAUUUGACAGGUAAAUGAGCAACACGCGGGCAGCAACGAUGCUUGCGGGCAACUCGGGGGGAAAGAUCGAAAAUAUGUUGUGCAAACAAGGGGGAGAGAGUUUACUUCUUUUGUAUUCGCGUCAUGUACACAUUAGUUAGCGCCUCUUACGCGUAGUUUAAGUUUACGUACGUCCAAUUGGUUACGUGCGAUACCGCCAAGGUACGCGGAAAAGCAUUGUGCGACGCGCAUCCGGAUGCCAUUUCUGUUUUGCUUACCUACUUAGCUGUUACUAUGGUCGCUCCCACAAGCACCACCGGUGGAAUGGUGGCGGCGACGCUCAUCCUUUUCAAGAUUCUUCCUUUUUGCGUGUACAUGGAUUGAUUUUAAGAACGGCAGGUAUGGCUUGACCAUAGAAUGAAUUAUGGAAUGUGUUUUGUUGAAGUAGAUACAGUUAGCGUGGAUAACGCAGAACACGAACGACAUAGAGUGCAUAUUAACGGACAAAACGCUUCGUUCAAUGUUAGUUUAAUUGGCGUACACAUAUAUGCUGUUUGUAGGGCAAGCUGGGGAGCUUGAUGAAAUGGUACAGAAAUAAGCUAACGCGCCGCGUGUGUGUGGUUUUGUGUUUAUCACUGGCGCACCCUGUCACUGGUUUGGAAUGAGGACAUUCUGGGGGCAACAAAAAACAGAUCGCAGGGCUGCAGUCAGUAAUAGGACAAUGGUAGUAGUAAAACAAACAGUAAUGUUAUAUUAACGUGAUGGUGGGUUAAGUCGCAACAACCACCUCUAGGAAAACACAAAAUACUUUGCGAUAACAAAAAAAAAAGAACGCAACACUCUACCAGAUGCGUUGCUGUUCCAAUCCUUCGUUUAUUUGUCUCUCAGCUCGUGAAACUUGUAAAAAAUCUGAAACAUAAUUUUAAGGUGCCCGACGUCAAAGAGAUUCACUGGAAGGAAUUUAUCGGUAGAAAAUAUAUGAAAACACACACAGUUUAGGAACUAUCCAACCAUUUAGGCGUGUAAUCAGCGUAAGACAGUUGGCCAUUUUUGAUCACACAUCCCCGACGUUUGAUGAAAUACAACAAAACAAAACGAUGCACAAAUGCGGAGAAGAAUACAUGAAUAUACAGAAACUGUGUAAGUGGUAGAUAAAAAGAAUUGUAAGCAGAUAUCGUAUUUUAAAUCGGCUUUUUGGACAAUAGGAAUGCCGUUGCGCUUCUCUUUCGAGACGAUCACGAUGACGCAAUGUUUUAAAGGAACUUCUUCUCCAAACAAGGCCGCAUUUGCUUUGACCAGAGUAUAGCAUUGAACAUUGCUGAUUCGGACAGCGCUCGAGAGAGAUUACAAUUCGUGACAGAGAGAGUAUAGUAAAAAUCUAAACGCUAGCGGUAAAGGUGUACCCCCCUGAUUGAGCGAUUGUUGUGAUUUUUUCUGUUUCAUAAUUUUCAUUAUAUGCUAAAUAAUACUACAUUUUGUGGGAGCAGGGCAACUGCGAACGGAGGCCUACGGGGGCACUGCUACGGCACCUUCCUGCUCCGGGUGCAAGAUUGAUUGAUUAGUAGCGCACCCGCGGGCAAAGAAGGCAAUAGAAUUAGUCUUUAUUGAUCAUUGUCCGAGUGCGGCUCCGCUUUCAGCGAUAGUUUAGUACGGUGUGUUGAGUAGAACCCUGAUUCAUUUAAACUCUGGUCCGCUGUAUAAUGGAGUGAAUUUCGACGAACAUGAAUGAAUGAAUUUGAAC